CACCUGCUUUAAAUAAACUCCUAUGGGAAACAUUGGCUUCCCAACAAUUUCGGCCUAAUUGAGUUGUGUUGUUAUCAGAGAUCCCAGUCUCCUUUGAAAGAUGAGAACGGUUGGGCAGGGCGGCGCAGGUAGAGGGCUUUUAAAAACGAGAGGGCCUUCCCCCUGUGACCGGGGUUAUUCCCUACAUCUCUGCAGGUGGGUUCUGCGCCAGGAGCUCGGCUUUGCGCCCGAGCUUCUUCUUGGAAAAGGGCGACAAAGAGCAGCCGAGGCAGGCUGAGCGUCUGGCUGCGACGUUUCCACUCUGAACCCGCUGCAGCGAGCUGGAGCGGGGAAUCUCUCUGCGCGUCGCCAGAUGUCCGGGCAACUGGAGAGAGGCCUGCAGCUGAGGAUAACAGCAAAAAGUGAAGCGCUAAAAUCCGAGGAAGUUUUUGACUUGACCACGUCUGACGGAUGCGCCGGUGCGCGCCGCCGCCUCGGGGACCAAGCGGAGAGCAAGGAAGUUGUUGCUCCAGAGUCUCCGGAGGGCUGCGAGCAGAAUGCUGAGCGCAAGAUGACGCGCAGCCCGAAAUGCGCCCGCUGUCGCAACCACGGCGUCGUGUCGUGCCUGAAGGGCCACAAGCGCUUCUGCCGCUGGAGGGACUGCCGGUGCGCCUGCUGCCUGCUGGUGGUGGAGCGGCAGCGCGUCAUGGCGGCGCAGGUUGCGCUCAGAAGGCAACAGGCUGCGGAGGUGAGAAGAGCGCAUGGGCAGGGUAAAAAGGGGGUCAAGUGUUCAGCUCCAUUGAGGAGAACAGCGUAUCAUUGUUUUACCAGAGCGGCUGACUCAAGCACCGUGGCUAAGAGCCACCCGCAGGGGUUAAAACCUCUAACACCCCAAGAGAUCGGCGCGUCCAGCUGGCCGAAGCAGCGCCACCAAACUCACUUUCCCUGCCCCUCCAUCAGCGCCCGCAUGAGAAAGAGACGAGCCUUCGCGGACAAAGAGCUGGAGAACGUGAUGCUGGAGCGCGAGCUGAGGCAGCGAGAGCUGCAGGGCGAACUCUCUUUCCCUCCCUCCGCUCUCAUCCCCGUGCUUCAUCCUCCGCCUCUCCCCGUCUCCCCCUGUCUCCGCUGCUGCUCCCCCGACAAGGACUCUUCCUCUGCAGUGACACCCAGCUGCGUGCCCGCGUAUAAAUAUAAGCAGCUGUGCGACUAUGGCCUCCAGUUUUAUGACUUCUUCCCCCUGAAGAGUAGGUGCUCCACAGGAGGCGACCACGACGGCUUUUUGCUAAGCCGCAGCUCAGCGCAGCACGGGGAGGACAAGGAGGUGGCGAAUGGCUGGAGGGACCGUGGGAAGAGAGCCAAGGCAGAGCCAACACCGCCACCAUCACAGCAAAGACUCAAAACGGAUGCAGACCCCGCGUCGUGUGUUUGCUUUGUCAGACCUACAUUAAAACAAGCAGAACCAGUGGAUUUAGGUGACGUUUCGACUGCCAGACUUUCGACUCCCGGAUCCGAGCCGCCUGUUCUAAGUGAGCUAGAUGUCCCGGCACACACCGGGCCUUUUGAUACCGGACCUGGAGCGGGAAGAGGCUGGAGCGCACACACUCCUUCCACCGAGGCGGGCCCUCGUAUAGAGUUUGACGAGGGCUCUCAACGUGGCUCAGCGAGGACUCCUGCCGUGAGGCCUUUGCCUUUUUCCGUAGAGGCUCUGUUGAGAGCCUGACGGGCAAAUGGAAAACCAGUCAAAGUGCACUUUGUUAUAAUUGUAAACUGGAACUCAGAUCUAUAAAUAACUGCAAAUCGUGCAACACCUAUGCAUUGUUUGAAUUUUCAUCAACAUAUUUUUAGCAAUUUGUUACAUAUUAUUUCAUAAAGAUGUAACUCUAACGGAUAAAUAUUUUUCAUGACUGAAAAUUUGUAUUUUUAUGUAAAAGUCUGCUUUUGCUGUAUUUUUUUGAACAGUCUUUCUCUAUCCUCCUAUGCAGUGCAAUAAAAAACGUUUUAAAUCCA